AUGGACGAAUCAAACGUAUUCGAGCUGCUUUCGCAGCUCGACGAUAAUACCGAUGAUCUGGAGGAGGUCCUACAGCCCCUCUUGAGGAGCUCACUAUCCAAAAGCUCUAACAAACUGCCUCUCAUGGAUAAAGCAAAACUUCAUGUGUUGAUCACAUACACUCUCGAAUCACUAAUAUUCUCCUAUUUGCGACUUCAUGGCGUCGAUGCGAAGCAGCACCAGGUAUUCCGGGAACUGACCCGUGUGAAGCAAUACUUUGAUAAGAUCAAGGCACUGGAGACCGAGCCCGAGGAGCGAAACAUGACUCUCGACAAGGCAGCUGCAGGCAGAUUUAUCAAACAUGGCCUUGCUGGCAAUGAUAAGUAUGACUUGGAACGGGCCGAGAAGCAGGCCAAAGAGCGAGCCCUUGCUCAGUUCAAAGCUGAUAUGCUUGCCAAGAAGAGCUGGGAGGAGUAUGCUUCUGCACAAACCAAUGAGGAGUCUGACGAUGAUUCCGAAGGGGGAGUAGAUAUUGGACCGGCAGCGGAGCCUCAAGUUGACGCAAAUCUCCCCAGCAAGGCCGAGAAGAAGAGUAAUAAAGAGAAGACCAAAGAUGGCAAGGGACCGGACAGUCGCAAGCCAAAGAAGGGAAAAUUUGACAAGGUGGCACUGCAGGAGAAAAAGAAGGAGCGACGGCAGAGAAAAGAAGAGGCUCGAAAGGCUCGAAAGGCCCCGUGA